GGAAGAGGAGGAAAAGGCAUAAUGGGAAGAAAAUAGAAAUUAGGUUUUUCAUUGACUUGGGCGUUUCCAAUACUUUUAGCAAUAAAUAUAUGUCUCACUCUUUGAUAAUUAUAGAACCAGAAAACACUUUUCUUUCUCUUCUUCCCUCUUCAAAAUACAAAACAAAGAUCCCUCAAGAAUAACACAUAGAUUAGCUAAGGACCAGUUGGGAGAUCAGGGAGAAAUGGGGAGGGCUCCAUGUUGUGACAAAGCAAAUGUGAAGAGAGGUCCAUGGUCUCCUGAUGAAGAUGCAACGCUUAAAGAUUACAUAGAGAAAAAAGGCACUGGUGGCAAUUGGAUUGCCCUCCCUCAGAAAGCAGGUUUAAGGAGAUGUGGGAAGAGUUGCAGACUGAGAUGGUUGAACUAUUUGAGACCCAACUUAAGACAUGGAGAUUUCACUGAGGAAGAAGACAAGAUCAUCUGCAGCCUCUUUGCCUCCAUUGGAAGCAGGUGGUCAGUGAUAGCAGCUCACUUGCAUGGUAGAACUGAUAAUGACAUCAAGAACUAUUGGAACACUAAGCUCAAGAAGAAGAUCAUUGCCACUAUGGCUCCUCCACCACCUCAUCACCUCCUAGCCAUUGCUUCAUCAUCAUCGUCACCAUCAUCUUCAUCACAAUACAACAUGAUCAAUAGUUUUCCUUAUUAUAACCCAUCAGCAUGUACAAACGAGCUGAUCAUACCUCCUCAGGGGAUGAUGACAAUGAUGGACCAACAACAACACCUAUUAUAUCAAGAACACAUGGGCAAUUUGGGAAACUCUCCAAGUAGCAACAAACUCAUAAUGAGCCAUCAAGAAGACAGCCCGAAGCAAAGUGCAAGCAAGGGAAUAAUGUUGUUGAGUGAUGUAAGAAGUGGGUCAUCAAGUACAACAAGUACAGUAGCAAGAGUAAAGAGUAAACAUCAUGAUUAUCAUCAUGAAGAGGAGGGCAGAUCAAUGGAAGAUUAUGGAAUGGAUGAGAUCAAGCAAUUGAUAAGUAGUAAUUGUACGAGUAGUAGUAGCAAUAGCUUGUGGUUUGAUGAAAACAAGACAGAGGAUAAGUUCAUGAUGUACUAUUGAUAUCUCUCACCAACUUUGAUUCAGUCUUCUUAUCCUCUCUUUUUUCUCAACACUACAAAAUAAUUAUUACCAACUUACUUUUUAAGAGGAGUUUAGACAUUUUAU